AUGGGGCCGUGCAUAGCGGCAUCCGCCGGAACAAUCUGGAUCACGACUCGAGGUGGCGCGCAAUUCACCACGUGUGCUCUGCCUUCCCCCCCUCCCCGCCCUUCUGUGUCGUUUCAGGGCUCCACGGUCGCAAGGGAAGCGAGCGAGAAAGAGAAGGCGAAGGAGCUGCCCACGUUCAAAGACAACGACUUCAUCAACGAGAAGCAGAGGAUCGUGAUCGGAGAGGAGAACAAGAAACUCUUCCUCGAAAAGCUGAAGAGGGACGUGGAGUUCCUAGCGCAGCUGAAGAUCAUGGACUACAGCCUGCUGGUGGGCAUCCACGAUGUGGAGCGCGCCGAUCAGGACGACGACGACGUGGAGGAGGGGGAGGAGGGCGGCGAGGGCGGGGAGGAGGGGGAGGGCGGCGCGGAGUGGGCGGGGGGCGACGACGAGACCGGGUCGGACGCCAACGGCUCGGGCGGCCCCGCGGGGGCGGUGGGCUCCUACGGCACGACGCCGCCCGACUGCUCGGGCUUCUCCGUGGCCGCCUACAAGCCCAUGGGGCCCGGCGAGUUCGACCCCAACACGGACGUGUACGCGCUCAAGGCCCACGAGAGUGCUCCGCGGAAAGAAGUUUACUUCAUGGCGAUCAUCGACAUCCUCACCCACUACGACGCCAAGAAGAAGGCCGCACACGCAGCCAAGACUGUGAAGCACGGGGCUGGAGCGGAAAUCUCGACGGUGAACCCCGAGCAGUAUUCCAAGCGAUUCCUGGACUUCAUGGCGAGCAUUCUAGAAUAGCUUCAAUCCUGCCUCCUGGCCUUCGCUUAAAGGCUACAACGUGAAUGGUGUAUUAUUGAUAUUAUUAAUAUGGUUAUCAUUAUUAUUGUCAACAAGUUGAUGAGUAAAGUGGGACAAUGUUGUUACAUAAAAAAAGAGAAAAAAAAAACAUUUUUUAAAAAAAUGUUUGUUGUUCCAGUGAGUUUUACGCAGCAGAACUUGUGACAGAGUCGUGGAGAGGCGGAGAUGAUGUGGGGGAGUGAGAGAGGGAGGGAGCGGGAGGGUACGGGGAGUGCCGGGGGGGAGGGGGGUGAUAUGAGUGUUUUUUUCUGCCAUUGCCUUUGCACUAGUUCCGUUAACACCACGACACGACACGCGGGGGUUGGGGUGGGUGGUAGACGGCGAGGGAUGCAGACUAACGGAGCGACUACUACGAGUGUGCGCGCGCCGCCUCCUCGUCAGCCGAGCCUUUCAUCUUUCCUCUUUCUCUCUGCUGGCCACCUGUGGGCGACCUUUAAUCAAUCACCACGUCGACCGGUUGCCGUGCGUCGCUUCAUGCAGGCCUCGUGGGGAAAUGCUCCCCUUAAUUUCACGAUACAACGACGUGGGUCACCCGCGAGUUCAUUCCACGUCUCCUCUCGCUCGCUCGCCGCUCACUUGCUCGUCGCUCACUCGCCGCACGGACGACGAGACGGCUCUUGCUGCGACGGCAGCUCUUGCCGCGGCAGAAGUGGGAUGAGCGACCACGGCACGCGGGGACCCACGGCACGCGGGGACCCACGGCACGCGGGGACCCACGGCACGCGGGGACCGCAUUCCCGUGUCUUGAGCGCGCUCAGCUCAGCUCCCGAGCCGGCUGGACGCGAAGUUGACGGCUCGUCGGCUGCAGCCGCCCCCCCGGUGGUUUCCCGCGGGGGAGUUGGGAGAAGCACCCCGCUGUAGGAGUGGGCAGCGCACGCCCCGUGGCAUCGGUUUCCCAGGUGUUGGCCUGCUGUGUGCUGUCAUCUGCCCAGAUCUGGAAAGAUUUGAAAUGUUUCCCGUGACUAAAUUGCAACGACAAAAAUGACACAUUUUCUGCGUUUUUCCCCUUACCCCGAGUCUCGGGUCUCGUGCACAGACGAGAGAGAUUGCGUCCCAGAGGCGGGGUGGGAUAAGGUUGAGUGCAGAUCACCGAAUAGAAGCGAGGAGCAAGUUGAACUAGAGGCAGUGGCCUUGCAGGAACGACUGUGGUUGGCCCUUGGAUUUGAGGUUGUUGUUUUUCACGCAGACAGCUCGCGCCCGGCCGUAGCCGCAAACGCCUGUCAAGCUCACGGGACGUUCGCACCGCCUCCGACACACAGACUCGGCCACCAGCUCUGGACUUGAGAGCCCGGGUUGAGGGUAGCAGAGAGCGAGAGAGGUGAGGCAUGGGAGAUGGGAGGAGGAUUGGUGAGCGCCACAGUGAGGAGUUGACGGCCGUCUGGAAAUCUUAGGCAGGUUGUGCUCGUUGAUUUGUCACAGCCGUUUAACAGCAAUCUGCUACGUUCCUUCUUCUUGCACAAUUGGCGAUUCAUUUUCCGGAACUCUUUCGUCCCCCAAAAGUUGCAACACCAGAAGUUACGACGGGCGUCAUUGUUUGUGGCUGCUAAAAAAAACAAUUUUGCCUUUCGCGUGUCAAUCCAUCGUGGGAUGAUUCGAUUGUGCCGAUGACAAGUCUCAGAAGACGGUCAAAGUAUGCGGUGUCAUUCGAAGAGCCAAAGCCCACAAUGAAAAAACUGCACGCCUGCUCGUGAUUCAAAGGCCAAAUGACGCGAGUGCAUCGUUUUAUAGACGCCGCUAGGGUUUGUUGCCACUUGUUUGUGCAUGGAGAGAUCGAUACAUACGCAUCUCAAGGAGGCCACCACAGACAGAGAAUGCACACACAGAGCGCUCCCCAGAUGCGCUCUGCUGGCUCGUAAGACAGACACCGUCGGUGACAAACGGUGGCUAGGAGAUGUUAACUCCCUCGCCUGGUAUACAGGAGGUCGUGGGUUCGAUCCCGACCCUGACGAUGCCUGCUGCUGUAUAUUUGGAGUGCCUCUCUCCCCUUGGUCACGUGGAUUUUUCUCCGGGUCCUCUGGUUUUUCUCUCCACAUUUAGAACCAACGUGCAUUUAGAGUAAUUUGGCUGCUACAAAUGUCCACGUGACGAUAAGCCACUUCCGUUGAGCUCUCAUUUGUGAUAGAGUCGCUUCUGAAAAAGAGCUGUAUAGCUCAGUGGGUCCCAUACCUGGUAAAAGGUAAAAAUGUAACAAUCCGUUUCCAGAAGGGGAAAAAUGGUCCGUGAAGUCAAAACGACGCGCACCUGGGCUCGGAGAAACCUCGGCAGUGGCACCGUGGGGGUUCCGGGGCUCGGCUCCUAUUCACGUUGGUGUCAAGAGCAUCUUGGGUCAUGGUGGCAAACGGCGGGAGAGAGAGAAGGAGAGAGAGUGUGUGUGUGUGCUGUUUGGCAGAAGUAUAACAGCAGGAGCGGGGGUCCCACUCGUCAACGUGGUGUGCAGACAGCUGCCUCCUGGCUCACUGCCCAGCUCCCCAGGUCACAUCUCUCCCUGUCGCUUUGAUGACCCAAAGUUGGCCCGUGAGUGGUGUACUCGGUACAAAGACAAAGAUACCCCGUGUAGCCUUAACAGGCUGUUGGAGGCAAGUGCUUGUGAGCGAGCAGCGCAUGUGAAGGCCGGCAUGGCGCACGAUGGGGGUGGGUGGCCAGCACCACCGCACCAGGUACUCAUUUGAGGCUGAGUCCACCUAGGGGAGGCCCAAGACCGGCUCCGAUAAUCGCCACUGAAAGUUGUCGGUGGGAACUCCCGAAGCCCUCGGAAAACGACGCUCCAGACCGUGUGCUCGUGCAGGACGCGUGUGUCCGUGUUGCACAAGGCUGCGGUGGUUGCAGUGAAGUGCCGGACACGGCCACAGUCGGCGAGGCAACAGAAUGACAAUCGGCAAGGAGCAUCCACGCAGCAGCGAAGAGCCCCAUCAACCCGAAUACAAGAGUCGCAGGCGUCGAAUUAGUCUGAAACCCUUCGCUCGCGUGACCCAACACGUAGCCAAUGGAGAGGCCAAUGCUCUCGCGAAAUAAUCGCUGUUCCAAGAUUCCAAGCGAAUAGAUGGGACGAAACGGCCGUUCCCUGACUAAAACACGAAUUCCUCCAAAACUGCAAAUUUUUCAGCCGUGAAACUUCACUCUCUGCCACAAAUGCUGCCCGUUUGCAUCCGCUCCCUCUCUCUCCGAGUCCCGCCUAAAUCACUCCCCCCGCCCUCUGUAGUCCCGAGCGAAAAUCUUCGUUGGUCUCAGCCACUUUUCUCAGGGGUCGGCGUGACUUCGACCCUUUCCAGCGGUGCGUCUGUGCGUUAACGCUGACUUUGCCCUCCGCCCCGCCGACCAUUCCGGCGAUCUCCCUUGUGAGCGCCAGUCCGGUGUCUGCAACCUCUUGAGCCACUUUCCCCGAGAUCGGACGGAGCGAGACGGCGUAGCCCCCCCCCCCCCCCCCCCCCGAGGACACCGCGGCGAUGUUCGGUCGAUUUUGAGAGUCGUCGUGACGAAGCAGCGCUGCCGCACGCCCGAGGGUGGGAUGGGGGGGGGGGCACCUUGCCCGAUCUCGCGAGGAUGGCGUGACAAGUUUACAGCUCUGAAUUUAAAAGUGUAACUUCUGUAGUCGAUAAGUUGUUUGUUUUUUUCACUGCCCCCCCCCCCCCCCCCACCACCACCCUGCCUCUCUCCCCUCACCUUCUCUGGCGUGAUCUCUCUGUCUCUGCCAAUUAUUGCCUCGUGGGCACUGACGCCGUGGGUGUGUGUCGCGUGGUGGUGUUAACUGCGGUGGGUUACUGCCUUUGUUGAUGAUGAUGUUCACAGCGAGAGAUACACCAGAGAUAGAAAUAUAAAUAAUAAUAAAAGACAAUAAUGUUGCUAUUUCCAGGAGUUAAGCUGCGCGUGGAUCAUAGGCGUUCGAGCCAGCCAUCUCUGCACCGAGCACGACUAAAGAACAAAGCGUAGCCGUGGUUUACACGUCUUUCUAAUCGUUAUUAUAAUUAGUAUCAUUAAAUGUCGUAGUUCUUGGCACACGCCUUUUCGAUGUCAUUUUCCAACCAAGCAUGGCUUUGCUGUUGAUAGCCUCUCCCUCCCCUCGUGGCUUUCUCGGUCGGGAGCAAAGUUUCGCGUCAGACGUCGCGCCAACGUUGGGUGGUGAACAUCAACGUCUGGCCGUUCGCGUUUGCCGGAUGCAUGAGGACGAGCAGAGGCGAGCGCGCGCGCGGUCUUGACGCCGAAUUCCCGCCGUGUGCAGCAGGAUCGAUCACUUGCAGCAGCAGCAGCUAGCAGCAGUUAACAGCAGCAGCAGCACGCUGGCUUGCACUGUGGGCUUACUUAAAAGCGUUAUUAAAUGUUUCGCUGCCGUGUCAUUAUAAAAUUUUUAUUGCGUUCACUUUUUCUACCCCCCCCCCCCCCCCCCCCAUUGUUUGCCCGUAGCGUCGCGUUUUUUUUUUAACCACGCAACUACUACUCUAGAACAAGCCGCUUGUACAUGCGUACAUACACACACGCAUAUCUAUAGAUGUAGAAACGCUGCCACACGAUUUGGGUAAAACCACAUUCGACAACUCGGGACGCACCACGGGAUUCCGCUACACGCCAGGGCGGGCGGUAGUGGGGGGGGGGCCCUGCUGCAAUAACACCAAUCUCUUUUGGGGGGCUCGCCCAUAUUCACUCUCUCGAGCGAUAUAUACAGGGUGCUUCACAAAAAAUGUUAACACUCACAUGGGACGAUCGAUGUUGAUGGAAAAAGAACGGAUAAUACACUGUAACAUGAUAACAAAUGUACAUUAAUAGCUUGAAAAAGUCAGUCUCCAUUGUCAACACGUUGCCUGGAAUCUUCUCCAGGUGGUCUCCAGAGCCCGGAGGCACAUUGCUUGUGGUAUUGUUGCAAAUUCUCAGAAGUGUUAACAUUUUUUGAAGCACCCUGUACAUCUAAAACAAUAUAUACACACUCGUGUGUAAAAUCUCCUGCUGUGCUGGUAGUUGCACUGCCCUGCACGCUUGACAGCUCCACCACGGUGGCUUGCUCGGCACCGUUGGGAUGGAGGUGGUGCGGUGAGGGUGUAGCACCCCCACCACCGCUGCUGCUGCUGUGUUCGGUGAAGCUGCCCCCCCCCCUGGCCAGAGGCUUCACGGCGCCCCCCCCCCCCAUAACGACCCUGUCCACUGCUACUCGAACAACGCUGUUUCGUCUCCCCGUUGUGCGCACCUCUACGCAGCAGCACGUUGUGCGCUUGAUACAGGCAUUGGGGUUAGGGUGUACUCGGCAAUUUUGGGGAAUUGUUGGGGGGGGGGGGGGCUGCGGAGGUUGCGUGAAGAAUUCCCCUGACCCCGUGGACCGGAUGGUGAACGGGCGACGGUUCGCCCGACGUUCACCCGACGUUCGCCCGGGUCGCGUGUGUGGAGGAGGGGACGGGCCAACGCACACAUCGCAAAAUGCGAUGGAUUGAAUACGCUGCGUGAAAGAUCAAAAAUGUAAAAUAGCAUCGCUUCGUGAACUGCAUACCCCCCCCCCCCAUCCUCGCUAACCCCCCCCCCCUCUCCGUAGGCAGUGUUGACGUGAGCCAUUCCCAUCCCACGGCGACUUCCCAGUGACAUGAUGACACAUACACACACACAAAUCCUCGUUCAAUUUUCCACACUUCCCUGCGCCCCCUCCCAACCUGACAAAGACGGCUUAUUUAAAUAACCCUGGAUCCGCCUGAAGGAAAUUAUCCCAUUUCCUCUUGGUUUAUAAGAAAAAACGUGACAGCUGGUUUUGUUUGUGUGGGUGGGGGGCGGUAGUGUAGCGGUUAGCGCGCUGCGCUACGAACCCAGAGAGCCCCAGGCUUGAUUCCCGCUCACGGCCAACACCAGUGAUGGAUUAUCUGGACCGGGCUUGGGCCUCCCCUAGGUCGACUCGGCCUCAAAUUAGUUCCUGGUGCGGUGUGUAUAAAACAUCGCCACCCAAAUCCCCUUUGUGUUUGGGGCUGGUAAUAUGCGGGGUAGGAUGGAUGGGUGUGGAGGGCCUGCAGACCAAAGUAAAUCGGAAGGUUGUGCACCGUGAAAGUUGUCAAGUACACACACGGUGUACUAAACACCACCUCCAUCACCUUGUCAUCUAAUUUGAACGAUUACACUUUGUUUUACCGGGUAAGGCCCACUGAGCUAUGUAGCUUUUUUUUCAGAAACGACCUGGCCAUCACAAUUGAUAGCUCAACAAAGUGGCUCAUCAUCACGUCAAAAUUUUACCGGCCAAAUACUCCCAAACGCAUGUCGAAAAUUUUCAAUGAUUGUGGGAGAAACCCGGAGGACCCGGAGAAAAAUCCACGUGACCACCAGGAGAGAGUCACCGCAAACUGCAAAUAUACAGCAGCAGGCGUCAGGGACUGGAUUGAACCCACGACCUCCUGUAGACCCGUGAGGUAGUUAACAUCUCCGAGCCACCGUGGCGCCCAUCUGAAUGCCCCGUGAAUGAACUCCGGCAGUGCGGCUGUACAGCACGGAGAAGCGCGCACCGUUAUUAUUGUAUACUACCCGGCCUUCGCGAAGUAAUAACAUUUUUUUGUACUAUAUUAUAAGAAAAGCGCGUUCACCAAUUCGACGCAAAUAGCGCUCCAACAAAACAGCUUUCCGGCGCAAGGAACCGCAGUCGACGGCCUCUUUGAGUGGGUUGGUCGGCUGCUAUUGUUUUUUUUCUUUUAAUGGAAAAUUUUUGCUAUCGGUGCGUCGUUGUCGUCGUGGUCACCCUGUCUGCGUGCGUGUGUGUGGCUGGUACCGUGCGCGGCGUUGAACGUCCGAUUACGUUGUGUGCACUUCCCCCCCCCCCUCCACCCCACACACCGUGUACACAACGUGAAGACUUCACCUGUUGAUUUGUCGUCGUAACAUUAACAUUCGUCCUCGUUCCCCUCCGUUUGUUUUUUUUUGCUGCCAGUUGUAGCAAUGACUGUAAUGUACGUUAUUAUGCAUUUUAAAUAUAUAAGCAAAAACAAAAAC